GGUAAUCUCAUGAGUCUCAACGAAGAACCUCAAGCCUUGAAGCGAAGUCGCUUAAAUGCCAGCGACUUCGGUGUGGCCAUUAAUCGAUCUAGAGCUUAGACAUUUGUUUAUUUCUGGAUACUUAGUCCGCAACUUCAGGCUGCUCGUAAACGUUGGAGCAUACUUAUAUAUUUCUGGCUCAGCAGCUGCACUGCCACAAUUUCAACCAAAGCUGGCGGACCUUUGGAUGUCGACUACCGUGCCCACCCUUCCGCAUUCAUUGGCCCCGCAUAUUCUUAUACAUGCAUCCCCGGACGUUGAAAACCUCUUGUUAAGCCCAAAGGGUCUUCCACCUCUUCCCGAGCUAUUGUCGGCAUUCGCUCACCUCUCUCAAGUUACCACAAGGACCAGCACCCUCUCUCAAGUGACUCAUCCAAGAUUUCAGGUCAAGUUCUCAUCGUUGGUGGACGUUGAAGAAGAAUGCCGCGAGGACGAGGAGCGGCGAACGAGUCGGAUAAUCGACUGGAUAGGUGGAAGAAUCGCCCAAAGGGCUUCCACAUGGCUCGGCGACGCCGAAUCAAGGGACCGUGAGCGUUGGUGGGACGAUGUUAAAGCUUGUGCAGACAGUGACAGAACUCCAUGCCGCACCGAGGGCUGGAAUCACCCUGUUGCGUUGAUUUUGGCUACCUCUACUCUCGCACCCAAUCCACUGCAGGCCAUUACUGCCUUACAUGCUCGAACCUUGGAUCUUCCGUCAUGGGUAGACACGACCCUAUUUCGGUACACGCUAAUUAUCCAUCCCACGCCUUCGAAUCUCAAUCCGGACGAGGCGGUAGCUCUGUUGAACGCUGUGAAGAAACAGUUUGAUCUCAAUACUCAUCUUUUGCAACUUCCGUCGUCAUUAGAGAAAGUGAACGUACGAAUACCUUUCGCGAGCAGCCGCCUAUCCCCACCAUUGGACGUUUCACGAUCGCCUGAAAUUCGGCGGCCAAAGCUUGAACGUCGAACAGUAGUGAUGGAAAUCACGAUGUCAGAGACGGACGCGCAGAAUACCCAGAGAUUUGUUCGUGAGUUUGUGACAGUUUCUCUUAUCCCUUGGAUGGAGAGAUACGUGAUAGAAUGGAAUAACGCGUUUUCCUCAACCAGACGCCUCCCAUCGCGUCUACUAUCCUCGACGACACGUCGGAUCUUCGGGUCUUCUUCUCCCGCCCCUACUUCAUCUGUUGCCAAUGGCAUUUUUUCUCUCGAGUCUCAGACAUGGAUGCAUCGCCGUUUGGCUGAAUUUUCAACUAUAUUAGGGGAUUAUAAACUUGCCUCGUUGGUUUGGGAAACUCUUCGCAAAGAUUUUACCACAGGUUCGGAUGUGCUGCCGCUCAUCCUUGCUCCAGCCUCCUCUCUCUCUGUUUACGCAACCGCUGCCCUGCAACUACUUGGAUUGAAUAAUGAGGAAGUUUCUGCAGUGUCACAAUAUAGAGCACUGCUGUAUGCCGUCAGAUGGGAGAUUGGCAUUCCCCAAUUUGCAAGUAUCGAUGGUGAGAGAUGGCUUGCCAUGGCCGCUGGCAAUGCCGAAGAGCCAUUUUCCGCUCUUCUUCUGGCGCGAGCUGCCUCCUUAAGUAGUCGUCGAGGUGCGAAGAGACGUGCCGCUUUAUGGUACACCUUGGCUGCCAAGAAACUAGAACGAAGUGGUGUCAAACCAUUGACCAUAUACUUCUUCCAGCAGGCGAGCGAUGCACAUGCAUUCAGGAAAGAAGUGCUUCUAUCUCCAUCGUUCUUUGAGAUUGAAGCUCAAGAACAGGACCCGAAGAUUGAUCCUACGCAAGCUUGUAUUCAGCAUGCCUUAGGCAGGUUAAAGUACUCCAGUGGCGAUACGACUGCAGCCAUCAAACUCUUCCUGAAGCUUCUGAGCCACAAAGAUUUUCGGCUUGCAUUUGAGCAUUAUCUUUCAACCAACCCUGAAACCCCUUCCUUCACAGAAUCCAAAUUGCCCCUGAAUGUCUGUUUACCCUCAAGGACCCGUGUACGAUUUUCCUCAAGAGAUGUCUCUGAAUCAUCAGUGUGGACCGAGAUGCAAGAAAGGUGGACAGCUUACCAGAAAACUCGAGGCGAUAGGUCAGCCUUGGACCUUAGGGAGUUCGCCGAAGUGGGAGAACCUUUCUGGAUCGACUUAGCACUUUGCAACCCUCUGGAUACCGAAAUGAAUCUCACUGGCUUAACGCUCGAAGUUGAAUGCAAGGAUGCCUCGAAGGACGCACUGACUUCGGUUGUGCAAAUUGAGAUCAUUGAAUCGGUUUUUCUCAACUCGAAGGAGAGGACAACGGUCCCUAUCAAAGCGACCCCCCUCAUCCCAACGUCCUUGAAAUUCAUUAAUGCGCACUACUCAUUCCUUUCUCUCCUUCGUACUUGUGAAAGCCUGGCCGUGCGUGGAAAGCGUCUAAAUGAUACCCCCGCCCAGCGUCAAGGAAACGUACGCGCGCCUGAUGCGUUCGUAGUUGCCAAUGUCCGACAUCCCGUUGCCAAGCUAGAACCACGAUUCGAUGAUACCUCUAUUAAUCACGAAGAUGAAACGACCUUUUACUGCGGCGAAAUACCUGCCGAUCCAAGUAUUUUCGGGACUCCAGCCGCAAUCACCAAUUCCAUUCUCGUAGUGUACCGAGAGGUGCGGCCGAUGAAAAUUCCCUCGCUUCGUUUGUGGCCAAAGCAAACACGAACUGCCUGGGUUGAAACACUCCUUACUCUCAGGACACACCUGGUACCAAGUUUAUCACUGGAAUCGGAGUACACGAUGAUGCUCGAGAUUGAGAAUUUAGGAGGGCCAUUGGGAGUGCAAGUUAGGCAAGUUGGUGGUUUUAGUCCCUCAUGGUGCCUCACCCCUGCAGAGACACCAUUGGUUCCGUUACUGGCCUACCGCCAACUUUGGCGUCUCGUUCUACCUAUCCAUCUAGUGCCUGACUUUGAAGUGAAUGAGGUU